AUUUGAGGCGAAUACGGGGUCGUACCGACGCCACGAGUUAUUGCCCUGACUGGUCUCCUAUCCCUUGUUCUGCUCUCCUAUUCUUCUACAGGGACACCAUGUCAGGAAAAGGCGGCAAGGGAGGCAAGGGUGGAAAGGGAGGCAAGGCGCCAACGUCAAAGAAGGCACCCCAGUCGCGGUCUUCGAAGGCCGGCCUCCAGUUCCCUGUGGGGCGUAUCCACAGAUUCCUCAAGUCGCGGGUGCACUCCCACCAGCGCGUGGGAGCUACGUCGGCAGUCUACACGGCGGCGAUCCUCGAGUACUUGACGGCGGAGGUGCUGGAGUUGGCCGGUAACGCGUGCAAGGACCUCAAGGUGAAGCGUAUUACGCCGCGCCACUUGCAGCUCGCGAUCCGCGGUGACGAGGAGCUGGACACUCUCAUCAAGGCCACCAUCGCGGGCGGCGGUGUCAUCCCGCACAUCCACAAGUCGCUGGUCAACAAGACCACCAAGAAGAGGAUCUAGACAAGAGGAGGAGCCAAACUACACGGGAGAGGAACGGCAGCAGCAGCAGCAGCUUCUUCUGUCUGCCGCCUUCGCCGGAGGCAUCAGCAUGUGGCACGUUUGAACAUCGCAGCAGUGCAGUGUGUGUGUGUGUGUGUGUGUUUCUCGUCGUCGUCGUCGCGGCUGUCUCUCUCGCUGUACAGUAGAGUUUUCGCUCGUUUUGUUGGCUCAAUUCGCUCCCUUUUUUCUGUUUGCUUUUUCUUGUCUUGUUUUGCCGAGCCGCGCGGCACGUAGUAGGGCGGGCAGAGAGCGGAGCUUGGCCCCUCGUUUGCGGCGCGCUCCUGCGGAAUGGAUGGAUUUAGAUCAAAAGAGGCUACGCUACGACGCGCUUUGCAUGUAUGUACGGCCGCUUUCUCUCCUAUUUCUUACAUUUAUGCCGUGUCGUGGGAUCGGGAUUGGGGCCCUCCUUGGUGUGUACAGUUCUCUCUAGGUUGUGUUUAGGUAACCGGCUGCCGAGCGGCGUAUUUUUCGGCCCCCGCGUCAUGUUUUGAGGGCGAAAGAGUUAAGUAUUAUUGGCGGCAGACUUGCGCGCGUUAUGUCUUACCGUGCUUUUUUGGCGUUCGUUGUGUUUUCCUCGCUACAGGUAGACAAGACAACAGACGACCCUCUGCUGCUUUUUCCUCUCGUCGGGAAAUUGCAGUCGUUGAAAAGUAGCGAGUGUUUUCUUUUUUUGAAACAACUGGCAACGGCUGGGUGCUUUCUGUGCCCCGCUUACUGCUCUCUCUCUUUCUUUUUCUUUUUUUUGUUUCAGAAAAGGUUCUGACGUUACAAAAUAAAAGCCCCGACCUUUUGUCGGCGUUUGGCCAUGUAGGGAGAGUGCGCGAGGGUUUGGUUAGAAUGGGCACUAUGCUGCUCGCUACUUUGUGCGUAGACUGAAGAUAUGGAGAUGAUAUGAUGACACGAUAACCGCGUUUGUUUUGUAUCGUUCAUGUACUCUGUACGCGUAGCAAGGACCGGAGGCGGGCAGAUAAUAGACGGGAGGGCGAACCAUCACCGCUCUUUUUUUUAUUUAGCCCUGUAGGUGGAGAAAGAACGAAGAACACUUGUCACAUAAUAAACGAUAAAUUCAAAAAGAAUUAAAGAAUGAACAACACCAUU